GGAUGCGCUAUGUGAAAACGAGGGUGAGCUUGAAGGAGGAGCGUGUCACUUUCGUCUGUUUCCUUUACUUUGCAUUUACGUUUGUGUUAUGGCGAAAUACGCCCUUUUUGAAUUCUCUGAGGAAGAUGGCGUUGAAGUAGGUGAAUUCAAGUGACUUCAAAACCACGAAGAGACUGCAGAGGUUAUUGUUAAUUGGCCUUUAAACAAGAAUUUGAUGAAGAAACUUGGGAAAGAAGAUAUCCACUGGAAGAGUCACCAGGCAAAAAACUGCUGCGCAUACAUUCUGAAAACUGGUGCUGAUCUUCCAAGCUUGCGCCAAGCUGCAAAUACGUAUGCAAAGAACACAAAUGUAUGUUUGCAGACACCAAACCAGAAAAGGGUGAGAGUGAAAAACCCAAGAUUUGACUCAUCCUCAGAAGAUGAAGAUGAUCGUCCACUAUUGCAGAUUAAGAAGAAAAAGAAAAUGGUUUCAAGGAACAAUGAUGAAGAAGAGCUGGCAAGAGCUAUAGAGAAGGAAAUGAAAGAGAAGACCCUAGCGGCUUCACAAGAAGAAGAAUGUAUUUUGAGUCCUGAUAGUGAAGAUGAUGAUGAAGUAAUGGACAAGAGCAUUCAGAUUGCAUUGCUGGAAGAGAAGGUCAACAACCUGACAAAAGAAAAUGCUAGACUUUUGGCAAGAAAUAAGCGGUUGCAUUUGGCGCUUGAGAUUCUGAGAAACUUGCCUGAUUUACUGGAUGUGGUAAACAAGUUAAAAGCUGCACCAUGCUCUUCACAGCAUGCAUCUCCUGCUCAUGCUUCCACUUCAUCUUCUGCUGCUUGUUCACCAGCUCAUUCUGAAGACACAAGUGGUGAGGACGUGGUAACUUUGUGGCCAGGGGUGGCCAUAACAGUUUGGCAAAAGAGGUUAUUAAAUGCAAAAAAAACUAAGGUUAAAGAAUACACAAACACCCUCCUGCGGAUGAUUCACACACCAGAAGUGCUACAGUCAUCUUCCCUCACUGGAAAGAAAAGCAACGCUUUUAAAGAUGUGAGUGCCAAAAAGAAGCUGCCUGGUGUAGAGUUCGCAAUUGAUUAUAUCGAAGAACAGACCUGUUGUGAUUACCAACCAGUCAGAACAGCCAUCACUCACCUCUUGAACACCGAAGGCAAACGCUUACUGAAGUGUGAUACUACUAAAGGCUUGCCCUAAAGUUAAUGUUCAAUAUUUCAUACAAUAAAAAGUUAAAUUUUGUCACUUUUGUGUAUUGUUUAUUGUGUAUUUGUGAAAUAAAUUUUAUAUUUAAAUGUU